UCGGCGGUAUCCAAUGUCAAGUUGUCAACCCUCUCCAUUACAACAACGAUAGUCCAGAAACAACCCUCCUACCAAAUCUUAAUCCUUAUUGAAGUCCGUUUUACUUGACUUGGACUUGAUAUUAGUAUAAUUUCUUCCAAAACCCAUAUCAAAAAUCACGCCGAUCGGAAAAAAGAAAAAAAAAAUACUACAAAUUAUUGGUACUGAGGAUUCCCUAGAUUUCUCCGAUAAUUUUUUUCAUUUUUUGAGGUAGAAAGAUCAAGUGAUUCGGAGCUUGAGGAAGCUAAUUGGAUAUACUUAAAGGUUAAUUUCUUUGUUUAUCAUAUUGAAGAUUAAUGGGAUUCAGAAUUUGAUUGAAAAAGAAAAAACUCAAUUAUGUGGUUGUUUAGAAGAAGCAAAAAUGGUCCAUCUGGGUUCUCAUCUUCUAGUACAUCUGAGGAAGUAACUCAUGGAAUCGACGCAUCUGCUCUUACUGCCAUUGUCACUGGUGCAUCAAGUGGUAUUGGUGUUGAGACUGCACGUGUUCUUGCAUUGCGUGGAGCUCAUGUAAUCAUGGCGGUGAGGAAUAUGACUGCAGGUAGAGCUGUCAAAGAUGCAAUAGUUAAAGAAAACCAUAAUGCCAAAGUUGAUGUAAUGGAGUUAGAUCUUAGCUCCAUGGCGUCAGUGAGAAAAUUUGCGACUGAAUUCAAUUCCCUUGAUCUUCCACUUAACAUUCUUAUUAACAAUGCAGGAGUUGGGACCUCCUUCAAGCUUUCCAAAGACAACAUAGAGCUGGUAUUUGCAACAAAUCAUCUAGGUCAUUUUCUUUUGACUGAACUUUUACUAGAAACCAUGAAAAACACGGCCUGCCAAAGUAACAUAGAAGGAAGAAUUAUCAACCUCUCAUCUGACUUACACAAGUUUUCGUAUGAUGAAGGGAUUCGUUUUGAUAAACUCAACGAUGAAUUAGGGUACAAUAUCUGGAAAUCAUACUCACAAUCGAAACUCGCGAAUAUACUGCACGCUAAUGAGCUUGCAAGACGCCUCAAGGAGGAUGGGGUUCAAGUAACAGCAAAUUCUCUUCAUCCCGGAGCUGUGGCGACCAAUAUAUUUCGCAACACCUUUUUAAGUGGAUUUGUUUCGACGCUGGGAAAAUUGGUUUUUAAAAAUGUUCAACAGGGGGCAUCAACGACAUGCUAUAUUGCAUUACAUCCGAACGUCAAAGGUGUAAGCGGCGAAUAUUUUAAAGACAACAACAUCUCAAAAUCAGACCCCAAAGCCCAAGAUACAGAAUUAGCUAAGAAACUAUGGGAUUUCAGCUUAAAAUUGAUCCACCAUGCUUGAAUAUGCUUCUGUAAUAUUUGCAUUACUGCGUUCGUCGUAGAUAGGUUUUUUUCGUUGUUUUCUUUGUCAUUGACAGUUUGGCCCAGAUAACAAAUGGUCACAUUUGUCAUAGCUUUCUUUAUCUGCUAAAAGAGAAGUAACGGCAGAAGAAGAAAAAAGAAGUAAAAAAGAGGAGAAGACGAAGUAAAUAAUGAUAAAAAUAGAAAUUACUCUCAAGGAAUUUACCUCAUUAAUGCGAAGGAAUGAUUGGAUAGAAAAGAACGAUUCGAAAGACGUGUCAAAUGGUGUGUGGUCGAGAAAACACCCGUAAAAUGAAUUGAAAAGUCCAUCAGUUAAAGUGGCAAACACAAAAACUGAGAAUAUCUUUCUGCAGCAAUUCCAUUCACUAAAAUUUCAAUAAUCCAUAAUAUAAUUAUCUUAUUUCAUCUUGUCAGAGGCAUAUGUUUCCUGUAAGCUUCUUUGGUUGUUUCGAGUCUGAAACAGCUUUUCGGUCCUUUGUUUUCGCAGCA